AUGGGUCAUUUUGCUUACUCUUUGAACACGAGUUUGUCUCAAGGAUGUUGGAUUCAAGUACAGUUUGCCCGCCUUCACCUAGUCGCUCAAAGUCGUGCGACGAAAGGUUGGAUGGCUCCUGUAAGGAAAAUUACCUCUUCUCGACAUUCUUCUGAUCGUUUUUCCAAGAAACACAUUUGUAGGGAGGAUGGAUCAGUAUUGGUUGUAAGUAAGAAAAUGAAGAACAUUAUAAAACAAAACCUUGAAGCACAAUCCAUAACUAAUAUGAUAACUGACGAUCUUAAUCCAGAAGAUCAUUCAGACCUUUCUCAAUCAUCUUUCAAACACACCUUAAAUCCAUAUCCUGAUUGUAGUGGUAACAACAGUUUGAGUAAACCUUGCACUCGUUUGUCAUCUAACAAUACUAAUAUGCAUCAAAUCAUCAAAAAAGUUCCCCGUAAAAAGCGUCGCAAGUCCAAACUACACUCUCAUUUUAAUCGCAAUGAAAAUUUAAGAUCAACCUUACUUUCUAUGGAAACAGAUAUAAAAGGAGAAUCUCGUGGAAAUCAACAAUCGAUGGUGCGCUUUUCUGCCGAUCAGUCAGCUUUCGUGAAUUCAAAUGGAAUGCAUAUUCAAAAGUCGAAAUUGAAAACCUCACAAAACCAACAAUCAAAAAUAGACGAUAAUCAUAUUAAAGAAAAAAGACCAUCAUCGAUGAAACAGAUAACACAAAUAACAACUGGAUGAUAAUCUUAUUCUACAAAAACUAACUAAAUAUGUGAAAUGUAAACCCAUUUGAUGUCAGCUCAGUACUCUGUAAUGGAAAUGCGUUUGCUAAGGCACAUGAAAGUGCUGUGGUUUGACCGCUGGUGUGAUUGUGAGUGCAUUGAGACAUGGAAUCACAUGCAAAAAUGAAACAACUAACUAGUAAUCUCUGCUUUUCAAGAGUAAUCCAGCUAAAGUCAAUUCAUGAGGAAGUUUUUCUCUUAAAUAAACAAUUUCCACGAACCUUUUAUCUUUUUUGAAGAAAAACUUUGUUCGACUGACCAUUGUAUAGUCAUUUGAUAAUAAUUCACCCUUAGGGGAACGGGUAGGCUUGCUUAAAUAAUCCGACCUCAUAUGACAUUAUCAAUAAACAAUAUGGUUUCAUUUCACAUGAUCUAUCGACUAGUAACCUAUUUAAUCGUUAUGAAAUCAGUGGAAAAUUCCUUUUUAGAAAAUUUAACCAAAUAUCUUACUGUACAACACAUAAAAUGAAGCGAAAACUAGCCAUCAAUAGACUGAGCUCGAUCAUCAAACCACAACGAAAUAAUCAUCACAAUACAAAG